AAAAUGCAUCCAAUCACAAUCCUGUGUGUUUCACCAUCAGAGCAAAACUAGCCAAUCUAAAUCCGCCAUGCUUCACACGUGACAUCAGAGUUACCCAAUCACAAUCUUGAAUACGAGAGCGGUUAUUUACAUCUCUACCCAUAUUCCGAUGAAUCCCGCCUCCAGCGCUGUGAUUGGUUAACACCGACCCAUUUCUGCGCUCCGAUUGGAUGUUCGGGUUACACCCUAAUCCUGAAUACGAGUGGAAUAAAAAUAACAACACGUCUGAAUUUGAAGCAGCGAGAUACUCGGUCCAGUCUGUCAAACUCCGGCAACAGCAAUGCCCAGAAAAAAGACCAGAACAAAGAAGCAUAAGAAAGAACGAAAGAAACGCAGAUCGUCAUCGUCCUCCAGCGAGGAUCAGGGGACAGAGGACAGAGAGAGACGCAGAAGCAGUCGCAGGGACAAAAACAAGCAUGUGAGCAGACUUGUUACGACGCUUCUACUGAGUGCACAGAAACCAGUGAUAAUGAUUAUGAGAUGCAGAUAGUUGAGGAGCUGCAUCUGGCUCGCUCCAACAGACAACUGCACGUGAAGGUGGAGAAGAGUUACGGAGAGCUGACCAGCAUGGACGUAGACCCGGCAGACGAGAGCGCCACCAUUGCACUCAGUCAGAAACAGCAGCAGGACCCCCUUAUUGUGCUCGACACCAAUGUUCUCCUCAGCCACCUGGACUUUGUGAAGAGGAUUAGAUCCCAUGGACUUGGAGCUCUGGGGUUCCCGACGCUGCUGGUUCCCUGGGUGGUUCUACAAGAGCUGGACUCGUUAAAAAGCAGGAAACUGUCAAAGGCCAGCUGUGGACUACAUCUACACCUCCCUGAAGAACCAGGGAGCCGCGUCUCUGGAGCCAGUCCAUGCAGCAAGUGUCUCACGCUGACUGCAGGCUGAACGUGGAGGAUAAUGACGAUCUAGUGCUGCAGUGCUGUCUCCACUACAAGACAUUGUAACUUUAGCUGAUAAAGUAUAGAGACAUUAAUGUGAGGAGAAACUGUACACAUUGAAAACACUUGGAGUAAUUUAUAAUGCGUUCAUUUGUUUAUUUAGGUCAAAUUUCAUCUAAAGAAAAGGCUGCAUGCAAUGCAUUUUAUAGCAACGAUAAGAACCUGUGCAGUAAAGCUCUGCUGAGCGGAGUCAAGGCCCUGAUUAAUGGGCGUUCCCUAAAGUGGUUCUCAUCCUAUUUAUAUAGGAAAACCUUUGCUGUGGAAUUAGUGAGCUCUAUUUCCUGCUCUCAGCCUAUCUCAUCUGGGGUUCCUCAAGGUUCUUGUCUUGGCCCUGUGCUGUUUUCUCUAUAUAUGCUCCCUUUGGGAUUAAACUCUCAAACACAGUGUAGCAUAUCAUUGUUAUGUAGACCAUACCCAGUUGUAU